GCCACGUGUGCCGGACGUGCAGACCAGACCGUGCCGGACGUGCAGACCAGACCGUGCCGGACGUGCAGACCAGACCGAGACACGCGACUGGCGCUGCAGACGUGUGCCUCGAUUACACCCAUGGACUAGUGCCUUAAUUUAAACAAGAAUUAUUUUACGCGAGACAGACAUUAACCUGAGGAAGGUAUUAAGAGACAGUGGAGUGAUAAUGUGUACGUCAAGCAACUCCAGCAUGGCAGACACCCACAAGACCAGACGAAGCAACAAGCCGUUGAUGGAACGGCGUAGAAGGGAGAGGAUCAACCACUGCCUCAACGAGCUGAAGAACCUCGUCCUUACCGCCCAGAGGAAAGACCCGACGCGGUACAGCAAACUGGAGAAGGCAGACAUUCUGGAGAUGACUGUGAGGCACGUGCAGGCUCUCCACCGUCAGGAUACCUCUACCUCCCGCCACCAGAGUACGGACUCCACCGCCAAGUAUCGUGCAGGCUUCACCCAGUGUGCCGCUGAGGUCAGCAGGUUCCUCGCCGGCCUCAAUGGUCUGCCUCCUGACCUCCAUGCCCGCGUCCUCUCACACCUUAGUUCCACCACCACACCAGAACCCGCCAACAUAAAGUCUGAAGCAGAGAUGGACGAAGUUCCAGUAUCAAAAGGUUCACCACAGCAGCAGGAGGCGCCCCAGGGGUCGUUGACGGGGGUGCCAUUAGUACAGGCGCGCCUCCCAUCGGGACAACUGGCGCUGGUAUUACCAUCCUGGACCGCCAUUUCUUCCGGAAACAGUUCCCCGACCAACGCCGCGUCCCCGGAAGCAGCAGGUGCACCCUCCUCCCCUGAGUCAGCCCGGGGCAGCCCACAGGCAGCACCUGACGCACCAGAAGACCUCGCUAGCCCUGAAACUUGCACCAGUAGUGAUCAUUUAGUUUCCUCUCAUUUGGAAUCUUCGUUUGGACACUCCAGCUCUCCCGAGGCCACGGUAGGUCACCAGCCCGCCCCCCAGGUUGUCCCACUUGACCUGGCUACUCCCCACCGCCGUACUGCACCACAGACAGUGUCCAGACAACGAUCCUUCACCGUGUCUGUAAGCUUGACACGCUCACCCCCAACACUUAAACCCAAGGCUGCUGUCCUGCCCAGGCCGGUCGUCACCCCAGCAGUUCAGCGACCAACACAGUGCGUCCUUCCGGCCCCGGCAGCGCCCAGUCAAUGUCACGGACUCCGAGAGGGUCGCCACGCCCCCUACCCCGUCCACCGCCACCACCAUCACCAGCACCCUCACUGGCGCCCCUGGUGAAGCUGGACUCAGUGGCCAGUUGUUAACAGAUUCUAUAUUUAUAUAUUGAGUAAAUUGUGUAAAUAUUGUGAGACGUGGAAAUGAAAAUGUUAUCUUCCAUACCUGUCAUGAGUGCCUUGUAAUCCUGUACCUGAACCUUGGGCAUUCGUGUAUGCCUGUCUUACAACACCGAGUACAGCAUUGUUUGUAUCUCUUCAUUCUCUGUCAUAAAUGGUAGUUUUUUCUUCAGAAUCUUUGGACAUCUUAAAGUACUACACUGUACUGUUCAUAAAAUUUCAUGUUCCUAAUUCCGAUGGUGCUGUGAUGUGUAUAGUGAAUACUUGUGUCUGAGAGAUUUAUAUCAGCCACUACUGAUGUAACGUGUGCUGACGCGGCUACUACAGGAGGCACACCCAGAGCAGUACCGUCCCCUGGCUUACAUUUUCAGUUUGCUUAUAUAUCACAACACUGAAGGACGCAACACUGCCUGGGGCUACUGGUGAGCCAUCUAGUAACAUGUUGACUGUGUGAGCAGAUGAUGCCUCCCACAGAAGGACUCAGUCUCCCUCCUGCUGCUGCUGACGGCGUUUCUCUCCUCCUCUCCUAAAUAUACUAAUCUCUUCACCAAUUUCAACCCCAGAAAAAGACAGUUAUGUAUUCCAUUAUGUUAUUGAGACUAGUACAAAUAUGAGUAUAAAUACAUGUGUAAGUAUAUUUCCUAAUAAAUAUAUUGUCAACUG